AUGCCAUUUAAUUAUUCGUCAAUUAUUGACGAAGGACUUUCUCGUGAUGACCCUUUAUUUUGGAGUCGUCCAACAACGGUGAAUUGUACAACGGUUCGUAUUAUUGGUAUAUUUCUAUGCGUCGCUGCUUUUGUUGGCAUUGUCUUCAACGGAACUUUAUUGUAUAGUUUUUUACGAUACAAGAUGCUUCGUUCACCACCGAAUAUAUUUGUUAUGUUUAUUGCGGUCAUGGGUCUUUUAGCUUCAUGUACAAUUCUUCCAUUGACCGGUACAUCGUCAGUCUAUUGUCAAUGGUUAUAUCAGCGUUCAGGCUGUCAAUUAAGUGCUAUUAUUGCAUUUUUAUAUGGAUGUUCAAGUUCUUAUUUACUAUGUGGAGCAAGCCUUAGCCGAUGCUAUAUUAUUGUUCGACCAUUUCAAGCCAAAAAUGUUACUGUAAGGAAUUCAUAG